ACAGGCAUUAAGUCAAACUCUUCACUUGUGGGAAAUUCUAAUCAGCGUGGACCCCGAAAGAACUACAAAGAUCCUCGGAACCGAAAGGCUCGGUGCGCUUGAGCAAAUGCUUGUCCAACUUUUUAAAGCCGAGUCAACUUGGGCUUCCGUGCGCAACGAGAUUCAAGCAUAUCAAUUCAAACCCUCCGCUGAUGACUAUCAGCCGUCGAAUAAUCAAAUGCGGCGUUCAAACACGGACAUCGAAUUAGCAGUCAGGACACUCGAGCUUCUUUCAUCGUGCCAAUCAACAGAGGAUUUGGCACGGCAGCAACGCUUCCGGCUGAACCAAGAAACAACUAAUCUCAAGGCUCGGCUUGCUUGUACGCUGCUGGAAAGCGCUCAAUUCGCCUGCAGAAGCUGGUCUGUACUGGUCUGCCGAGUCGACUGUGGGGACGCGGAUGUCAUGCAAGCUUUAGAGAAAUUCGCCGAGAGUUGGCUGCUGCACUGGGUAGCAGCGAUGGGUAUAAUGGAGGAGCUUGAUGCAGCUUGCCUCAGUUUGCAUCGGAUUGAGCAGUGGAUGCGACCGUGCACUGACAAGAAGGAAUUGCGCACAUACAUUUCCGACGUGUGCCGGUUUAUAUUACGCUACAAACAAGCCCUCAGACAGUCCUCUUUUUUCAUCCUCAACGCCCCUUUACCGUUCAGUCGUUCAGCCGGCCUAAACAGUGUUGGAUCAUCAUCCUCUAAUCAGCCAGCACCUUAUAGCAUCACGUUGUUGACCGGGGUUGGACAUUCGUGGAGUCAAUCACCUGUGCAACUUCGCGGACAUCCGGGUCCUGUUUCCUCCGUCGCAUUCUCACAUGACGGAGAUAGGAUAAUAUCCACAUGCAGGAAUAACCAGAUUUGGAUCUGGAACGCGGCGGUGGGUAAUUUAGCGCGUACCCUCGAUUUGGAUUCCACUUGCAUUUUUGCCGUCUUUUCCCCCGACGGCACGCAAAUUGCAUGCGCGCUGGAGGACAACACCAAGAUAUAUAUUUUUGGUGCAAACGAUAUGCCUGGCCAACCCCUUCGACUUCACGGACACACUAAUAGGGUCAACUCGUUGUCAUUCAGCCCCUAUGGUUUCAAAUUAGCUUCCGCUUCAAGUGACGGAACGGUACGAAUCUGGAACUGCGAGAGUGGCAGUAGUGAAAGAAUUUUGCGUGGCCAUACUCAUCCCGUGGUAUCCGUUGACUAUUCCCGCGAUGGGGUCCUGCUCGCCUCAGCUGGUGGCUGGACCGUCUGUCUCUGGGAUGUACUCACGGGUCAUAUGCGGUUUCAAGUCGAUUUGAAAAGUGCAGUGUACUCUGUCUCGUUCACUGCGGAUAAUACGCAGGUUCUUUUCGCUGCCGUUGACGGCUCUGUUGGUCUCUUGCAAGUGGAUGGGAAUGGAGAACCUCAGCUUGUCGGCCAGCACCGUGGCGCCGUGUAUUCUGUUUCGUGUGCCCCGGUCGGAAACUACGUGGUUUCCGGAUCAGCCGACAAGUCAGUCUGCCUGUGGGACGUACGGAGCCGCACUCUUGUCCGUACUUUCAACGGGCAUGUUAGCGAUAUCUAUUCCGUAGCAUUCUCCCCAGAUAGCGAACGUGUAGUAUCCGGGUCACAGGAUGGAUCCGUCCGCAUUUGGGACAAGCCUAAGGCCCGUGCCGAUAUGACCACUAAUUCAUUCGUAAUCGCUUUCUCCCUCGACGGCAAGCUUACUGCAUCUACUAGCGAGGACAAGAUUAUUCGCAUCAACUUGCGUGGAUCGUCUCAUCCUCCAGUUCUAUUAAGGGGACAUACUGACAUGGUGACCUGCGCAUGCUUCUCUUCGAAUGGUCGUAACCUUACCUCCGGUUCGCGGGACCUGACUGUAAAGUUGUGGGACACGAAUUCAGGGAGUUGUUUGAUAGAAAUGGCGAUUGGCGACGCGACGCAAUUUCGGGAUUUUCAAUGGGCACCUCAAGCGCCAUACCAUAUCGGUUAUUCGUUAUGCAAUAGAGUCCUUUGUGUAAGGGGAUGGGGCAUUGCAGAUAAGUUUGGACGCUCAUAUACUCUCUACCUCAAUUCCAAGAACUUGGACGAUGACCCGACUCAUCUCCCCAAAGCCAUUUUCCCGUCCAUCUCUGUCCCUGAUCCUUUUCUUCCCAUCAUUCUCGAUCAGAAUUGCUUGUGUGUACGAAGCCGAGGAGCGCUAAAGUAUGUCUGCUGGCUCCCGGAUGAUUUUGAGCCAGCAUCGGAAGUCAUCCAGAUUGGGAGACGCGUCACCGUAGGCGGAAAGGGUGGGGAGAUCAUACAUGUUGACUUUAAAGAGUUCGACCUCAAAUGGCUUUAAGCAGGUAGAUCCCCGACGGACGAGGCAAUCUGCCACCGUUCUCGUGUUGUCCGUGGUUUGUUUUCUCUGCAGCUUGUAUGUUUUAUGUAUAUCCCAAGUCUGUAUCAUUACUUUGAUUUGUAGCUCACAAAUUCCCGACGGUUGAAAGCGAUGUAGGAUGAUAUGUCUCAAAUCAAACAGUCGUCUUGGCUCGCUGUCUCCGCCCACUGC